AGGUCACUGGGCGGGUGGGGGCGUGGCCCAUAGCUCUGACAGGGGCGGAGAGGCCGUGGCCGGCACAGUCAGGGCGGCGAUGGCGGCGAAUGCGGUGACGGCAGCAGCGGCGGCCCCAGCGCCAGCGGCCGGCACAGAUGGCGCCUCCUCAGUGCAUUGGUUCCGCAAGGGGCUUCGGCUCCACGACAACCCGGCGCUGCUGGCGGCAGUGCGCGGGGCGCGCUGUGUGCGCUGCGUUUACAUCCUGGACCCUUGGUUCGCGGCCUCCUCCUCGGUCGGGAUCAAUAGAUGGAGGUUCCUACUUCAGUCGCUGGAAGAUUUGGAUACAAGUUUAAGGAAACUGAACUCCCGCCUGUUUGUAGUCCGGGGACAGCCAGCGGAUGUGUUCCCAAGGCUGUUCAAGGAAUGGGGGGUGACCCGCUUGACCUUUGAAUAUGACUCUGAACCCUUUGGGAAAGAGCGGGAUGCCGCCAUCAUGAAGAUGGCCAAGGAGGCCGGUGUGGAGGUGGUGACUGAGAACUCUCAUACUCUCUAUGACCUGGACAGGAUCAUCGAGCUAAACGGACAGAAGCCACCACUUACCUACAAGCGCUUUCAGGCCAUCAUCAGCCGCAUGGAGCUGCCCAAGAAACCUGUGGCCUCCGUGACCAGACAUCAGAUGGAGAGCUGCCCGGCCGAGAUCCAGGAGAACCAUGACGAAACCUACGGCGUGCCCUCCCUGGAGGAGCUGGGGUUCCCCACCGAAGGACUUGGCCCAGCUGUUUGGCAAGGAGGAGAGACGGAAGCUCUGGCCCGCCUGGACAAGCACUUGGAACGGAAGGCCUGGGUUGCCAACUAUGAGAGACCCCGAAUGAACGCCAACUCCCUGCUGGCCAGCCCCACAGGCCUCAGCCCCUACCUGCGCUUUGGCUGCCUCUCCUGCCGCCUCUUCUACUACCGCCUGUGGGACCUGUAUAAAAAGGUGAAGCGGAACAGCUCACCCCCCCUCUCCCUGUUUGGGCAACUCCUGUGGCGAGAGUUUUUCUACACGGCGGCCACCAACAACCCCAGGUUUGACCGCAUGGAGGGGAACCCCAUCUGCAUCCAGAUCCCCUGGGACCGCAACCCUGAGGCCCUGGCCAAGUGGGCCGAGGGCAAGACAGGCUUCCCUUGGAUCGACGCCAUCAUGACCCAACUGAGGCAGGAGGGCUGGAUCCACCACCUGGCCCGGCACGCCGUGGCCUGCUUCCUCACCCGCGGGGACCUCUGGGUCAGCUGGGAGAGCGGGUUCCGGGUGUUUGAUGAGCUGCUCCUGGACGCAGACUUCAGCGUGAACGCGGGCAGCUGGAUGUGGCUGUCCUGCAGCGCCUUCUUCCAGCAGUUCUUCCACUGCUACUGUCCGGUGGGCUUCGGCCGCCGCACGGACCCCAGUGGCGACUACAUCAGGCGAUACCUGCCCAAAUUGAAGGGGUUCCCCUCUCGAUAUAUCUAUGAGCCCUGGAAUGCCCCAGAGUCCAUUCAGAAGGCAGCCAAGUGCAUCAUCGGUGUGGACUACCCACGGCCCAUCGUCAACCAUGCCGAGACCAGCCGGCUCAACAUUGAGCGAAUGAAGCAGAUUUACCAGCAGCUGUCUCGCUACCGGGGACUCUGUCUGCUGGCAUCUGUCCCGUCCUGCAUGGAAGACCUCAGCAACCCGGUGGCAGAGCCCAGCUUGAGCCAGACCGGGAGCAUGAGCAGUGCAGGCCCCAAACCACUCCCCAGUGGCCCAGCAUCCCCCAAGCGCAAACUGGAAGCAGCUGAGGAGCCGCCUGGUGAAGAACUCAGCAAACGGGCCAGGGUGGCAGAGUUGCCCGCCGCGGAGCUGACGAGCAGGGAUGUCUGAGACUGCAGCGCUGUGGCUCCGUGAGCAAAGCCUGGGUGCCCGAACAGCCACCAUGGCAGCAGAGAGCAACCGGCAGAAAAGCUGAUCAUUGACAGAUCAAGCGAACGUGUGUGUGUGUGCGUGCAGAGGAAGGAGUGUGUGCCUAUUUGCAUGUGCAUGCAUCUGUUUACACUCUUGUGAUUCUGAACACUGCCUGGGCUGGAGAGGUACCUGUAGCAGCUUCACCUCAGCCUUCAGACACCAGGUUAGAGGUCAGGGCUGUGAUUUUCAGCCACCACCUGUCCCUACGAGCCAGCUGCCUUGUCUAAACAGAAGAGUAGGGCCAUAGCUGGGACUCCAGCAUCUGCCCCUCCCCCAGCCCUUUCUCCCUCCCUCCCUCCUCACAUCAGACUGAGGAGCAGGAGGGCAACAUUUCUGGCUCUUAUCCAGAGCAUGGGAUUCUAGAGGCGGCCAGAGCCCUGCUGAGCUCCUCCUGACCCUGGACACAGUCCCCUGGCUUGGUUUCUUUCUUUUUUAAAAAUUCCCUGUCACUGGGUCCUCCAGACCCUUCCUCAGGCAUCUAGGACAGAGCACAAGGCUGUGGGCAGAUCUGUAAACUUUACAUCGUACAGAAGUACGCCAGUACCUGUGUGCACGGCCGGUACUGUAGACAGAGCCUAGGAAGUGCAUCCACCUUGUGGGGCUCCCAACCUAAGGUUAGAAAUAGUAACCCAACUCUCACUGCUCCUUCCCUAGAAGCUGAGAGCCAGCCUCAGAGCUGAUCAUGGAGACCCAGGGCCUCCACCAGGAGGAGGCCAGCAUCCUGGCUCCUCUGGCCACACUCCAGGAACCACAAUGCUGCCAUUGAGGCCAGCUGAUACCCAUCAGGGGAGCCAUUCUAGUCUGCUCUGCAGGCUGCCACAGCCUGCCCAGGACUGAUCCGCUUCCAAGCUGCCAUGUUAGCCCUGCCGGGAGCUGGGUGCCAAGGACCCAGGCAGAUGAACUCAGGUGGGGACUGCCAGGCACAGUUGGUUAAGGUCUAAGUAGAGAGCCCACCCAGCAGACCAAUCCAAUACACCAGAAGCAGCAGGCGGGAGGCUUGACCCAGAGAAACAAAGUCCUUACAUUCCAGGAGUGGCCUGUGCCUCCCACCUCAGCCUCCCACUGUCGAAGGCCUGUCUUGAGAAAAAUAAUGGAAAGAAGGACUGGUCAGCUGCAGCAAGUCUUCUUUCCACCCUGUGGCCUGUACUUGAGCCACAAAGUAUGAGUGUGUGUGCGUGUGUGUGUGUGUGUGUGUGUGUGUGUGUGCGCGCGCGCGCACUCAUAGCUGAGAGGCUAAUUCCUUUGGAUUUUUGUCUUUACAUGUAACAUUAAGCUGGCCUCUGGGCCUUCUCCUCUACCUCCCUGUGACCUUUCCCAGCCUCCUAGCUGUUAACUCCCUGGGCCCCAGCCCUGUCCCUCACUGUCCUCUGUCCUGGGACCAGACCCUGGGCUCAGGCCCAGCCCCGUUAGCUGUCCAGCACACUGACAGGCUUCUUCCUGAGAUUCGCUCAGCCAAAGAGCUGCCUCUAGAGUCCAACUGUUGUAUGUAUGUCACCCUCACUAGAACUGUCCCGUAUCCUGUGGGGGAGCAGGGCACAAGUGACGGUGUGUAUCUGAAACCUUUCCCUAAGCCCCAGCCAGGAGGAAAGAGAACUGGGGACUGUUGCCAGAAGGGGACUAGAGCAAGCCUGGAAGGGCUGGUCUGAAAAGCUGAGAAAGCCAGAGGGCUUAGGGCCAGGUCAUAUUUAUUUAGCAGCACCUUCACAUAUCAGGAUGAGCCCCCUCUCCUGCCUAUUUCAUGAUGGCUCUCUUCCCUAAGGUAUAAGUUGGCCAGACCACGUACCCCUACUUCAUCAUCCCUGGUAUGCUGGCCCAUUCCCAGUGGAAUAGAGUGGUCUACUCCAGGAGCUGGGCGGAGUGAGGUGAGGAAAGGGUGCAUCCAGUGGCCUGGAGUUCCGUGAUGGCUUUGUGCCUCCCCUCUCCUGGCCCAGGUGUCCCUGGGGGCUGUUGCAGAGCGUUGCCCCAAAUCCUGAUCCAAGGGCCAGCAGGGGAAGAGAUGGUCACAGGCUAAAUGCACUUUAUAUAGAGAUUUUCUGUUGCUGGGAAAGUGUGUUUCUCCCACAGUUUGUGAACAUUCACUUGUUUCAUAAACGUCUGAUCCUGUCUGAGCAAA